GCAGCCAUGUUGCCCGCGAGGGGAAGUGGCGGCCCGCGGCCCCGCUAAGAUGGAGGAGAGGAGCCGUCCGGGGGCGUAGGGGGGUUCCGGCCCCUUCACCCCCUCCCACAGCCCCGCCUGCGGGGCGGCCUUGGGCCCAUGGAGCAGCUGUAGGGUUUGUGCUAUCAACUGCUAAUCACUGCCACAAUGACAUCUUCAAGCUCUGCCCAGCAUCCAGCAGCUGAGAAUGCCUGCAGAAUCACUCUUGGACAAGUUAACCAGGUGCGUCCCAAACUGCCACUUCUGAAGAUUCUGCAGGCUGCAGGUGCCCAAGGUGAAACCUUCACACUGAAAGAGGUUAUGCAUUACCUAGGACAGUAUAUAAUGGUGAGGCAGCUAUAUGACAAAAGACAGCAGCACAUGGUCUAUUGUGGAGGAGAUCAGCUGGGGGAACUGCUGGGACUGGAAAGCUUCUCUGUGAAAGACCCCAGCCCAGUCUAUGACAUGUUGAAACGGAACCUGACAUCUGCAGCACUAACAGAUGCUGCUCAGACUCCCCCAAAGGAUCAGAGCGUCGAUAAGCCAAGUCAAGACCAGCUGAAGUUUAGCCAGCAAGAAGGUUCUGACACUGGUCUCACAGAGGGUGAAAGCAACACUUCUGCUUUGUCUACCUCAGAGCAAAAAUGUGAGAGCCAUGAAGACAAAGACUUGAUAGAAAACCUCUCUAAAAGCAAGAAGCCUAAACUGGACCUAGUGUUUGAGGAAUGGGAUGUAGCUGGUCUUCCAUGGUGGUUUUUAGGCAACCUCAGAAGCAAUUACAAGUCCAGAAGUAAUGGAUCCACAGAUAUUCAGACUAACCAGGACAUAGACACAGCCAUUGUUUCAGAUACUACUGAUGACUUGUGGUUCCUCAACGAGUGCCCAUCAGAGCAGAGCAGUGCUGCAGUCAAGGUGGAAACGCUUGACUGCGAGGAAAUGAAGGAAGGUGACAGAAAGGUGACUGAGGAUGUGUGUUUGCAUGACCUGGAGGAUUCUCAGUGCUUAAGUGAUGACACAGACACAGAAGCUGCUUCUGAGGACCGUUGGCAAUGCACCAAAUGCAAGAAGUUGAACCCUCCAUGCAAACGGUACUGUUACCGCUGCUGGGCCCUGCGCAAGGACUGGUACUCAGAUUGUCCCAAACUGCCUCAUUCUCUUUCUCUCUCCAACAUUGAUGCUAUGCAAAACAAAAAUGAUGAUGAAGGCAUUGAUGUCCCAGACUGCAGAAGGACUAUUUCUGCUCCAGUUGGCCAACCCAAAGAUCUCUACGUGGUAGAAAACAAACCGUGUGUGGAUCCCUGCAGCUCCAUUGAGUCGUUGGAUUUGGCACGGGAGGGCAAGGAGUCCCUCUUGCAUUUCACUCAGCAUCAAAAGGAGGAAGAAAUCCAGUCUUUAGAGAGUAUAAAGAAACUACUGAAUCCUUGCUUCUUAUGCCAUCACAGACCACGGGAUGGGAACAUUGUCCAUGGAAGGACUGCUCACCUUGUAGCCUGUUUCAAGUGUGCAAAGAUGCUGAAGAAAAAGAGGUCACCUUGCCCAGUGUGCAGGAAAGACAUCGAGAUGGUGAUCAGGAUCUUUAUGGGGUAGUUGUGCCAGUUCAGGCCUUCUCCACCAAAAGCCAGCACACAGGUUUUCUUGCACUCACACAGGUCUGAACUUCAGAACAUGGCAGGUGAAUACCAAAGACAGUUAAGGUUCAGAUCUGACCACGAACACUGAGGAAUCCUCUGCAUCAAAUAAAGCAGCAUCUCACUUCCAA